UCGAGUAAGUGUCCUAUUAUAGUAGCGUAUACAAUAGUACAUGUACAUGAAUGAUACAAGGUUUUGUUUUUCUUACAAUAACGCAUUUCUGUUUUCUUUUAACCCAGAUAUAUCUCACGUUGCAAUAUGAGUCAUCAGAGUGCCAUGAGGCCCUACCCAACAAGCACACCUACCAGUCAGCAGUUCCUUCAAUGCUUGCAGGAGGAGUGGGACAUUGAUCAAGAUGAAGAUCAGCUUAUGAUUGUUGACGUUCCUCCUGAGCCGUCAGUCGCGGUGGCACAGCAAGGAUUGCAGGGCGGACGAGGGAGACAAGGACAUGACGAAAAGGCAGUAAAAGGUAGACAGUACUCAUGCGUGUCGUGUGAUAAGGUCUUCCGUCAACUGACCAACCUGAUCCGACACUGCAAGCUUGACAAUAUCGACACGAGUGUGAACAAGAAAGCAGUGACCUGUCCGGUUUGCAGCAAAGUGUUCUCUCGUCCCGACAAUUUGAAACGGCAUCGCAAGAACCACACCGCAGAUCAGCUGCCGUCUAUCAGCCAUCAAAUCUCGGAUCAAGAGAAAGUGGAGUCAACCAUUGCUAAGACCGGAACUGACUGUAACCCUCCCCAAAACCCUAGCAGUACAAUAUCAACCUGUCCAGCGUGUGGAGUUGUUUUCCAGAGGGUGAGCCAUAUGUUACGGCAUCUACAAAACGACCACGGUGGAGUGUCAGCAUCUUAUCCAACACCGUUCGAGCAAACCCCCGAACCCUACCAAUCUGAGAAUGUAGAGGGAGAUCCCGAGAUGAUGGAGGCUGUUUCCGAUGUCCAUACCACCCCAUCCCCCACUGAUGUACCACCAACGUCACCGCAGACACCACUGCAGACACCGCAGACAUCACAAGCACCACACGGGCACAUCUGCCCGCUGUGUGACAAGUCUUUCAGUCGGCACGACAACCUGAAGAAACACAUCAAAACGUACCACGAAGGCAGUACAACUCCACCGUCAAUACCCGAAGAAACCUAAUCACACGUGAUGUCCCGUCCUCAUUCACCUGAAACUGUUUCCGAAGAUCCUCGCGAGUUUCCAGCUGGUGAUUACGGCCAAGAAAAUCGGCAAGAUGCUGAUGAUAUUCUUAAAGCUCUCCGUCGACAUUGGUUGCCCAUUCACACGCAUUACACGACAGGACGCCGCAUUCAAGAUGUAUACAAUUUUCGACUGGCUGGAAACUCCACCAUAGACGUCGAUAUGGCUCUGAGAAUGAUAUUUCAGCGCCUUCGAUGCCGAGUGAAGAUUAACCUUUCUUCUGGGUUUAUCCUCCGUCAUUCGGAGACGGGUCAGCUGAGGUACUUUCACGCCAGUCAAAACAAUGCGAGGCUGUUCCCCACCCCCGAGACUAUUGCAACGGAGCAAGACAUGGAUCGUGUGAGAGAGAGAGUCCGAGAGACUGAUGUACUACAGUACGGCAUCCUGCGUCGACCCGACACAAAGUGGACCGUUGCAGCAACCACCAACGUGAUGGUCUACGUCAACAAAAUGCCGCAGUUUCCCAUCGGCUCACCCGUAGAGAAACUUCCGCCAUACGUCGUUAACAAUCUGGGUCUGACAAACUUACUCCGAAACACAAACACCGGAAACACGUUUGAUGACAAUUUUUGUUUCUUUCGUUGCCUGGCCGUGCAUAGGGGAACCAAUUCACACUCGACUGAAAAAGCAGUACAUCAUCUGGUCGAAACAUACCGCCAGGCUGCGGGCAAAGAUCGGGUAGACGGAAUAACGCUAGAUGAGCUGGCCAUUGCCGAGGUGGUGUUCGAGGUGAAUGUGCAAGUAUACACACUGCUGCCGGCAGAGGUUGAUGACGAAGAUGGUGACGAGAACGAGGCUGAUGAGAUGACAGGGGAGGAACAAUGUCCGAACAAAGCUACGAUACAGGUGGAACUGAUAAGGCGUUCUCACCGCCGCUAUCCCGAUACUCUGUACCUCAACCUGUGGGGAAACCACUUUUCCAAUAUUUCCGAUCUGAAUAAGUACAGCCGAUCCUACGCCUGCUCCAAGUGCUACACCGUGUCUACCAGGUCUACCGAUCUCCUACGUCACGAACUCACUUGUGACGUCAACAUCAAACAUAAAUUCAGUGGGGGUUCUUACCAACUGCCUUUUACAAUCUUUGACAAGUUAUCCGAAGUCGGCAUAGAUGUAGAGGAGGACAUGAAAUAUUACCCCUUCAGGGCCACGUUCGAUUACGAAUGCUACUUCCAGUCCGUAUCUCCUUCAAUGCGCCAGCGAGACGGAAAACUGCGAUGGGAAGCACGCCACGAGUUACUGAGUGUCAGCAUCGCCAGUAAUAUUCCAGACUACGAGGCACCACGGUGUUUUGUCAGUAACGGCAACCCGCGUGAACUGGUAUCAGACAUGGUCGACUACUUACAUACCAUCAGUCUGGCUGCGUACGAGAUACUUCUGGAGAAAUAUGAAGUCAUUUUCGAGCAGUUGGAUGAGAUGAUUAGGGCGAUGAGAAGCGAGACGAUUAAUGAGGCGAUGGAGAGCGAGUCAACGCCGCAGAGCAAACUGCACAAGCACAUCAACUAACUAAGGGAGCAGUUAGACGAAUAUCUUCACGAGGUACCGGUACUGGGCUUCAACUCUGGGAAGUACGAUAUCAACGUCAUCAAGCGUUAUCUGUACCCGGUGCUUCAAGAAACAGAUCCUCUAAAAUUGAUCAUCAAAAGAACCAGCACGUACAUGGCCCUCAAAACCGAAAAGUUGAAGUUUCUCGACAUUACGAAUUAUCUUGCUCCCGGAUACAGCUACGCGAAAUUCUUAAAGGCGUACGACUGCCCACAGACCAAAGGCUUUUUCCCGUACGAGUGGGUAGAUGAUCUGCAAAAACUUGUAAUCGAGACACUUCCACCCCAUCAGGCCUUCUACAGCAAGUUAAAGGGAUGCAACAUAUCCGAGGAGGAAUACCAGUACUGCCAGAUCGUGUGGAAGGAGCACGGUAUGUCCAAUGUACGAGACUUUCUCGUUUGGUACAAUAAUCUUGACGUGGUUUCCUUUCUCGAUGCGGUAGACAAGAUGUUUGCAUUCUACAGAGAGCGGCAGAUGGACAUGUUUAAAUGCGCCAUCUCGGUCCCGGGCCUGUCACUGCACUACCUAUUCCUUACGUUCAGCCUCAUCGAUGAAGCGAGCAAAGAGCUCUACUACAAACUCAAAGACAACAUCGUAGGGGGUCCGUCUCUCGUCUUUCACCGAUACCACGAGAAAGGGAAAACGUUCAUCCGGGAAGGCACCAAAAUGUGUCAAAACAUCGUAGGAUUUGAUGCCAACGCCCUCUAC